AGCUCUCGGGAAGUCACUGUCGCAUGACCAGGUGACGGAAAACUUAUGCGUCCGAGAGGCAAGUCAGGAAUCAACUGUAAACUCGCAGGUUUUGAGCCUUGUGCUGGCAAUGGGGGACAUGAAGACCCCAGACUUCGAUGAUUUGCUGGCAGCUUUUGAUAUUCCUGACAUUGAUGCCAAAGAAGCCAUCCAGUCAAGUCCAGAGGAGGAACGGGACGAGGUGGGGACUAAUGCAGAUGGGAGAGAGAGUGGGUCUCCCUCAUGCUUUCCCUGCUCUCCCAGCUCGCACAGUGACCGCCCUGUGGUCAGUGUUAUUGUGAAGAACACAGUGCGGUCUGAGUCUUUUGAAGAGGAGGAGAAGUCUGUCAGGGAUAAAACACACAAUCCUUCAAGCAGUGACUUAGUGCCUCAAGUUCAGGUCAAGUUGGGUGACCUCACCUCACAGCUUGUUCCCAAACUGCCUGCUGGUGCUACCGUGGAGCAGCAGCUUGCAAAUGGCUUUGAGAGAUCUGUCCCCAGGGAUCAUGGAGCGUGCAACACACAGCCAUGGUCCAUGCAUUCACCACUGAGGUCCACACUGAAUGAUAAUGAGGGUGACAGCGAUAAAGAAGCUGAGGUUGGAUCAAUCCAGCAUACAACUGAUGUCAUGAACAGUUUGAAGCCCCUCCUCUUUCCCCAGUCUCCGACCAGUGCCAGUCCAAACUCCUUAACUACUCCCUCUGUGCACUCUGUCAGCCUUCACCUUUCUCCAUGCUCCCCUCAGAAAGAAGAAGCUUGUCCCCAUGGUAGCUCAUCAUCCUCCCCUUUACCACAAAAUGGGAGUAUUAAAGCUGGAAUUAAGCAUGUUAUGCACUCAGAUGAGGAUGACUCAGAACCAGACUUAGAAAGUCCACUAGUGAUCCAAGAGAGCCCAGACUCUCUGAUGUCCUCCUCUCCCAAAUUUAAACUACAGUCUGAGCUGUUGGGGUCUCCUGAAACCACCUCUUAUGACAUUUCUCAUCCUCCUCAUCUCUCCUUUUCUCUGGCAUCUGCAAAACCUAAACCCCCUCUUGGGGAUGAGGAGCAACCUACCACCCCCAGUACUCCCUCUGCAGCUCCUCGGCCACAGAGCCCCAAGGACUGCCUCUCCUCUGUCAGCAAGGGCUCUGCAUCAGUCCAAGAAGAGAAAUACCCAGAACAUGUGAUUGAUGAGAGGGACUCACCUGAGAGCCCGCCGCCCAGUGAGACAGGUCUUGUGGUCCCCAACAGAAGCAGCGGCCCUGAUUUGGUCAAGAAACCAGGUCUAGCAGCGAACCACAAGGACCUUGAUCACCAAGAGGAGCUCAUGGAAAGUGAGCUUAUCAGAGAAGACAGGCCAGGUGACACUGAGGAGCUGAGUGAAAAGAUGGCUAGAGAUGGAGGAAAUUUAAACGAGGAGAACAGCAGUGCUGGCACAGCAUCUGAGGAUACUGUGUCUGCUAGUGCUGCAGAGACAGAUUCAUCUCCAUUGCGCCCCCUCAAAGUUAAAAUCAAAAUGUCUACAGGCAGCAUUACAAGAACCGUGACUGGAGUGGCACCUAAAAGAAGUGCAAGGGGCACUUCCAGGGCUGUGGAUAGUUCAAAACCUUCACCAGAAAAUCACAACACAAAACCCAAGAGGGAGCUAUCACAGCAGUCUCAGUUGCCUGCAGUAGCUAUGCUCCAGGAUGCUCGUGCUGCAACACCGGAAGGUCCCAGUACAGUUAAACAGAAAACUGCAGUGGACGCCAAACCUAAAGUGUCCCCCACAGCUGUCAGCAUCACGAAAACAGCGAGCCUGCCCUCCGUCUCCGUCUCCUCCCCCAGAGUCAGCCCAGCUGGGAUCAACCUGCGCAGCCUGGGCCAGAAGACUCUCAACAGUGGGAUGAUACUUCCCGCACCUUCACCUCUGCUCCCUCAAAGUGGCAGCAGACCAGCAUCCAUAGUCAACAGCACUGGGGCAAUUAUAUCCAAGAGUCAGACCAACCUGGUAGAAGCUUUCAACAAAAUUCUCAACAACAAGAACUUGCUGCCCAGUUAUAAACCAGACCUGAGCUCACCUCUUCCUGCAGAGUGGGGCAUUCCUCUGCCUGCACAGGGUUACCGCUGUUUGGAGUGUGGCGAUGCUUUUGCCCUGGAGCAGAGUUUGGCACGACACUACGAUCGGCGCUCACUGAGGAUUGAAGUGACGUGCAAUCACUGCGCCAAGCGCUUGGCCUUCUUCAACAAGUGUAGCCUGCUUUUACACGCCAGAGAGCACAAGGAGAGAGGCCUGAUCAUGCAAUGUUCACACCUGGUCAUGAAACCUGUUCCUGUGGAGCAGAUGAUUGGCCAACAGGAACCCACUGCAAUUGGUGUGCUCUCCCCAUCUCUCCUGUCGUCCUCUUCAAAACCGUCAUUAUCCUCUGUAGGGCCGGUCACCCCAAACCCAACACCCCAGUCACAUCAAGCAGCACCUAACAAGAAAGCGGAAGAAGUGCAGUACAUGAAUAAUAAAUGUCCUGAGUGUCUGGCUCAGUUUAGCAACAAAAAGGAGGUGGCUGAGCACUUUCAGGAAAUCAAACCAGCACACACUACUCCAUGCACAGAGUGUUCUCCUCCCAUGCUCCUGCCCAACAGCUGCAGUACAGCAGCUCAUCAACGCAUACACCAAGGCUGUCCACCACAUGUGUGCCCAGAGUGUGGGGGCACGGCCAAGCAGCCACUAUUUCAAACACAUCUGUACGAAACCUGUUUGCACUUUGCCCGCCGCAUCGGAUACAGAUGUUCCAGUUGCCUGGUGGUGUUUGGAGGGCUGAACUCAGUGAAGUCUCACAUCCAACAGGCUCACUGUGAUAUGUUCCACAAAUGCCCCAGCUGUCCCAUGGCUUUCAAAUCCGCCCCAAGCAUACAGAACCACAUCGCUGCCCAACAUCCGAAGCUCACUGAAGGACAGGCAAUGUUGAUCUAUAAGUGUGUCAUGUGUGACACUGUUUUUACCCACAAGCCCCUGCUGUACGUCCACUUUGACACUCAUUUAAUCAAUCAGAAGGUGCAUGUGUUUAAAUGCCCGGAAUGCACCAAGCUGUUUUCUCAGAGGAACUCUCUGCUGGACCAUUUUAAGACCCACAAGACUCGCACGUUAAAACAAGAGUUGCCUUCACCUCCAGCUGCUUCCUCUCGUUCACGGCCUUCGGUGAAGUUAGAGAGCUCAGAUGAGGAGGAAUGGAUGGAUAAAGAUAAAGAAGAGAAAGUGAAAACAGAGAGGAUGAAGACCCCCUCAGGGUGGAAGUGUGCGCCAUGCCAUGCACGUUACACAGACCGGGAAGACUACAUUACCCAUAUGGCUGAACAGCAUGGCAAGAAUCUGAAGAAAUUUCCUUGUAACAAAUGUGAGAGCUCCUUCACCACGACUUCCAGUCUGCGACGUCACAUCAGAGACAAACAUAAAGUCAUGAAUCGUGGCAUCCGCUGCCAGUUGUGUACUGAGGGUAAGAAAAUGUUCAGCAGCAGAGCGAUGCUGGAGAAGCAUGUUCAGCUGAGACACAACAUGGACAAUGGGAGCCAGGACACACUGAUGAGAGGCGUAGAUGAGGCAGACAGCUCCUCAGAACAGGAUGGUUGUUUGGGGGCUCGUCGGAGACGGAGAGGAGUUGUGAAAAUGGAGCAUGAUGAAGAGUCCACAGAUGGGAUGAGUCCUGGGAAGAAGUUGCGGCCCUCCUCUGCACCUGCUCCAUACGUGAUUCCCGACUCUGGGUUUCGCUGUGCCCCCUGUGGCUUCACCACAGAGGACAAGACAUCAUUCCUGGAGCACAUUAGCCAGCACAGGCGAGGAGGGACAGAGGGCGGUGGUCUGCAGUGUCUACAGUGCGGCGCCUGCUUCACCUCCACCUCCUCCCUAUCACGCCAUCGCUUCAUCACCCACAAAGUGAGAGAUUCAUUCACUGACAACCAGCAAGCCCUCAGCAUUCACCCAGCACCUUCCCAUGGUAACACCAAGAACCAUGACGAUAAGAGGUCUCUGGAUUGUUCUGCACCAGCAUCACCCUCCUCUCAACCCUCCAUAGCUCAGGGGAAGGACGAGGAGGGCACACUGGCCUGUAAGGUGUGCGGUAAACAUUUUGAAAAGGCAACAGAUCUGAAUACACACUUCAGAACUCACGGUAUGGCUUUUAUCAACGCAAGGAACGCAGGAAAAACUAGCUAAGAUGGCAGAUACAAGGGGGAAGAUCAGUGUCAGUAGGUGAUAUAAUUUGCAAGUGCCUUUUGUACCGUCAACUUCUCAUUGAAGUGUGGGUUAGUUCUCCUAUGCACCAAAUAUGUAACCAAAGAUGGCUAGAGUUUUUAUGUGAAUAGAUUGUAAAACAGUCAAAUGUGAUUCUCACUGGUGGAGACCAGCCUUAACCUUCAGACAUUCAGGUUCUAAUGUUGCAUUUCUGUGUUCAGUAGUGAUACUAAUGACAUUAGAGCUCCUUCCCCGUCAGUGGACAGUUAGUCUGACUAGUUCACUGCUUUGACCACAUUCACAUGACAGUGUGCCAGUAGAGAACUGUGAAUGUUACAACCAAAUCCUGCUGUGAUCAUGACAGCUGUUCAGUGAAUGUUGAUAGACAGCGAUGGAAUGUGUCUUUGAUUUCAAUACUUUCAUCCUACUGAGGAGAUUGUUGAAUGCCAACCCAGGUGCUUUUCUGCAAAGUCAUUAUUUUUUUUAAACAUAUUUUUGUGGAAUCAUUACGGUGGUUUAAAAUAUGUUAGCUCAGUAAGUAUCAAGUGUGUAUACUUUUAACUCAUUGCCAGCCAUUUUCCAGAGCAUACAGUAACAAUUUAGAUUGAGUUCCUUUAAAGUCAGCUUUUGACUUCCAUGCGUUUUAGUGUGUUUAUGAUAUACGUAAGAUAGGUAAUCAAAUUACCUCUAUAUACUAACACGAAGAGGGAAUUUUGUACUAUAAAGACUGUAACUUUAGAAGACACGAACUUAAUUAGUCCCACUCAGACUACUGAAACUUUUAUUUGCUUCAGCUGGACUUUGGAAUAUAUUUUUGCACGGAACAAGAACUCUAACGACUGUAAUCACUGUCAAGAAACUAUGUCAGGAAGGGAUCUCUUCACUGCCUGCAUGGACAGGAGGAACAAUUACAGUGACCAAUAACUCUUGCAAUGCACAUUAGCGGCACAGUACAGUACUGCACUGAAAUGAAUGUGGACCAAUAACUCUCUGGAAGAUAGGAAUUUACUUUAAUUAUGAUUUGGAAAAUGGUCAGCAAUGAUCUGACAUCUACACACUUUGUAGUUAUUGGCCUAAAUCUUUCAAAACCAUUGAAAUUUAAGUUUAAUAUCUUUUUAAAUGGAAUGUACUGUAUUUACAUCAGAUUAACUGAUUUAUUCCUUCUCUGUGAGCAAGAGAUGGAAGUAAAAUGAUGUAUUCUGGCUUCUUGGUAUGCGGGCAAAUGUUUCUCUAAAACUUGCUUUAUGAGAUUACUGUAAACAUGUGAUUAUGUCUGUUUGUUAUGCUUUCCUAGGAACAUGAGGGCAUGUUGGACCUUUUAUUUGACGAGUAUUUCUUCAGUCUUUGGCACUGCUAAAUAAAAUAAAAAAACAGACUUAAACUGUGGUAAAGGAGCUGAAUAAAAUCAGAUACAUCAGAUCACAUACAUGAAACUUGACUGAACCCGAAAAGUCAGAACUGUUAAACAAAACUGUUGCAUGAUAUAAAAGGUCUGAGUGGAGAAACAAGUGUUGAAAAUUCAGUAGAGAUACUGUAUAAUAUGGGUUCUUAAACAAUUUUGAGUGCUGUGUUUUGAUUUAAUUCUUUGUUUAGUGGCACCUUUUUUUUUUUUUUAGCUGUUAAUGUCACGUCUUACAGGACGUAACACUGGUGGUUGACGGCUGGUUCACUGAAAUAUCUCAGACCACAGAAUCCAUAGACUGAGCUAAUAUCCAUGCAUUAAUACCACUGAGUUUAAAAAAAAAAGAAGAACUAUCCCUUUAAUGUGCUGUGGUCAUCAGUGACCUGUGUGCUCUUGUGUUUACUUGCUCAGGAGAUUAUCCAAUACUUUAGCACAUAUUGUCCUAUUUAACUUUUUCAGUUUUUGCAUUGACAAGACCAUUUCUAACCAAAUGUUUAUUAAAAAAAAAAA